AUGAUUCUUUUCCUUGUAUUUUUUAUUCUUUCUUUCUUCCUUCUUUUUCUUUCCUUCCUUCUUUUUUCUUCCUUCUUUCCUUCUUUCUUUCUUUCGUUUUUCCUUCUUUCUUUCCUUCUUUCUUUCUUUCUUAAUCUUUCUGUUUUCUCUCACCUCUCUCUGUUCUCAGAGUCUCUCUCUCUCACACACACACAUACACGCACUAAUCAUUACACCGUCUUCUCCCGCCCUCGCCUAUUUCUGCGUGUAUCCAUCCUUUCGACCGACCAACCUUCCGUCCAUCUUCGUCAACAGCUAUCAUUAACCGUUGUAUACUCCCUCCCACUUCAGCAGGGCACGAACUCGUUUCCUUUCUUCUUCUACUUCGCUUCCCAACCUUCUACAAUGAAAGAUUUUCUUUAUAAAUUCCUUCUUUCUUUUUUGCCCUAUUUUACCUUUUUCUCUUUUUUCUUUGUUUUUUUUUCUCCUAUAAUUUUCCUCGAAUUUCUUGCCAUUUUCUCUCUCUUCUCUCUCUCAACCUUUCUCUUUCUCCCUCUCUCUCUAUUUAUCUUUCUAUCUUCUGCAACAUAUUUCUUUUUGUUCUUUCUUUUCAUUUGA